CGCCGAGGGUCGAAGAGGAAAACGCCACGCCCACCUCCCAGAUCCUUCUCUUUCGUUCGAGGUUUAGGCCACGUGACAAGGACGCUUCCCUAGGGUGGUUGAUUUUGGGGGGAGGGGGGCGAGUGUUCCCUCGCCGCCGCACGGGGGAAAGGAUUAAUCGCGUGGAACCGGAGACAGAAGGGAGGGGGCGGGGGAACCAGGCACCUUCUCUUCGGUCCACGCGUCACUCCUCACGCGCGCACCGCCCAACGGCCGCCUCACGUGACUGCAGACUUCGCCCGGCCGGGAAGUGAAGCGGUUUGGGGGCAAGUUCAGGCGCUCCUUUUUUUCUGUUCCUCGGUCGUCCUCGCUAGGCGACGCGUUCUUGCUGCCUUCGGUAGCCGCUGGCAUGAUGAGUCCCUGCAGCCGCAACAGCAGCAACGGCCUCCGGUGGAGCCCCGUAGGCUGGGCGCUGCUUCUCCUCGUCGCCUCCUGCUUCACCUCGCUUUUGGGAGAAGCCGCCACAGAAGAUACUCCUACCACAACCACUGCACCUACCACCUCAAAUGCUACAGCUGCAGAUGACUGUGGAAGCUAUACCAACUGUAGUUCCUGUAUUGCUCAGUCUCAUCUGAACUGCACAUGGCUUCAGUGCACAGAUAACAACUCCUACUGCACAAACACAACAAAAGGUGGUUGCACUGAAAAUCUAACAUGUUCAGAUAUUCCUACUACAAGCAUUGCACCUAUCAUUUCAAACACUACAGCUGCAGCAGGUAACAUAACUAACACAACAACAUCACAUCCAGUAAGCACUAUGUCGCCCAAUACUACCGUACUCACGAGUACUGCAGCUUCUAAUACAACCAGUACAUCAGGCACAGUGUCUCCAAAGCCAACUUCCAAACCAUCGCCUCGCACAUCAACUUUUGAUGCUGCCAGCUUCAUUGGUGGUAUUGUCCUUGUGCUUGGUCUGCAAGCAGUAAUCUUCUUUCUCUAUAAAUUUUGCAAGUCCAAAGAUCAAAACUAUCAUACUCUCUAGGGUAUGUUACUUUUAAUGGACUUAAAAUAGUUCAAUAUUCGUUGUUAGCUGCACCAAAAGAUCUUUAUUCCUUAUAGAAAACAGUAAAUCAAAAUAUUAUUUUUCCGACUUUUUAAAAGGAAUAUAUUCCUGCAACAUGCUUGGAAGAAGGUUGUGUGAAACAAUGUCUUAUGCUACAAGAACACUUGCAAUAUUCUGCAUGAAUCCUUAUUGGCUGUCUUAAAUUUUUUAGUAGCUGCUGCUGUGGAACAGUUUUCUGUACAUUACAGAUGUAGACAUUAAAUAGUUAUUGUAUUCAGUGGCAGCAGAAUUAUUAGUAGGUAAUAUUACAACUGCAAUGAAUAAAUUAGUCUUGUAUGCAGUGUCCCCUAUAUAAUUAUUAAAAUGUGAAUUGCCGGUGACUUGGCAUAACACUGUUUGUGAGAAUUAUGGCUUUUUAUUAUGUUCUGCUAAAAGAUUGGGGCAAAUUUGUAGAAUGUUAUCUUUUUUCUGUAGGAAUUAAGGAAGCCCGUAUUUUUAUAUACUAGUUGUCAGAUGGAUAAUUGUUUUCUAAUUUAUGUGUAAGCAGCCAUAGGAGGAAUAAUGAUCAUUCUUGAUUCAUAAGCAGUAAAGAUCAGUGCCUUAAUCAGUAGGCUGCAAAUUGCAAUGUUUGUGCCAUGUUAUUUGUUUGAGGUGCAGUAAAUGUCAUUCUAUUUGUGUCAGAUUUUCUCCAGUACACGUUUAAUUGAUUCUAGUGAAGAAAUAAAAGAAUAGCAAAUCUUCAUGUA